AUGGAACAAAGAAAAGCAUGGCACUCAAAAGGCAGCAUGACCAGUAGCUUGUUCGUAGAGUUCAUUCAACAUUUUGCUCAACAUAAAGCACCCGGUAAGUGUCUGCUUAUCUUUAAUGGUGCAAAGUGUCAUUUAACAUAUGAAACUCUAGAAAAAGCAGAUAAAAAUAAUAUAGUAGUACUGUAUUGCUUACCUUCUAACACUACACACGAACUCCAACCUCUAGAGUCUAGACAAAUCAGUCAAUCGGUCCUUCGAACAUCACUGGGAUGA